GAAACUAUUCCACCAUUCAAAUUUGUUCUCAUGAAUCCUGCUGAUUUGAACUCAACAAGUGUCCCUCUUUUAAGAAAUCAAAACAUAACACAAAAAAACAACCGUCAAUGGAAAAAUUUUAUCAAGCAUUGUUAUAUUUUGAUAACAAUUUUAGUGUUAUCCGCACCAAUUGCAUUUUCAUUGUCAAAGUUAAUAAUGGUGGCUCGUCAUAAAAGUCCGACAGUUUCAAAUUUGAUAAGAGUGUUCAUUCCUUCAUCGAAAAAAUUAAAAACCACGACAGAAAAAAAUUUGCCUACAACGAAACAACUGUUUAAAUAUAGCACUGAAACAAUUUUUCCUCCUGCUGCAUUGUGUGGGAAGCGAAUUGUUGGAUAUUUUGCAGAAUUCGAAAACACUGCUCUAACAAGAAAACAACUCCAAAUGCUAACGCAUAUUAUUUACUUGUUUGCUAUUCCAAAAAAUGGAAAUAUGACUUUUGGCGGAGAACGUUCUCGCCGAAAAUUCGAAGAGAUGAAAAAUGAAGCAAGGAAGGCAAACUCUACACUGAAAGUAAUGAUCAGUAUAGGCGGACAAUCAAAUUCUCGUUCAUUUUCGCGAUUGGUGUCUAAUGAAACGUCACGUAACGUCUUCGUCAACUCUAUUGUCUCGUUUGUCCAAAAAUACGAUAUAGAUGGAAUCGAAAUAUUUUGGACAUGGCCCAAAUACGAGGAUGCGAAUAACUAUUUAAUAUUCAUUCAAGAACUUCGAUACGCAUUCAUAGAACUUCAAAAAAAGCUGAAUAGGAAAGAAGACUAUGUGAUCAGUAUAAUUGUCAACUGUUACGACAACCAGUUAUCCAAUUUGAUGGGUUUUUCAAAGUUUGUCGACUUUUUCAAUAUUUAUUCAAUACAUUAUCAAUCAAGACAAGUUGGUCCAUCCUCACCAUUGUAUGGAGGAGGAAGUAGAAACAUCGAUGAGACAAUGAAGUAUUAUAUUUGUAGAACUGGGCAGCCAAGUAAAUUUAAUAUGAUGGUUUUGUUUCACGGAACAUUUUGGAAAGGUGCCGAAUUACCAUUACGCAAUGAUUCUGAUGAUAUAUUCAAAGACCAAAACUCGGCAAAAGGAGGAUUUGCUGUACGUUGGAGAGAGCUACUUCAACAGAAAUGGGACAUGAGCAACAUUAAAUUCCACAAUUUAACAAAAACCUCAUAUAUGUGGAUUCCUGGUUCAUCCUUGUUUUUGACUUUAGAAGACGAACAAAGUUUAAGAGUAAAAAAUCGAUAUGUUGCUGAUCAUAAUAUUGGAGGAAUAACCAUGUGGACAAUUGAUCAGGAUGAUGGUGAUCACACUCUUUUGAAAGUUGUAUCUUCUGCUGAAUUAUGCACCGGAGAUGAAAAGAAUACGAUAAAAUUCAAGUGUGAAUGAGUGAAUUUAGUAUUUAUCAAUUUAAUUUUCGAUGACAGUUAAAGUGGAUAGCCAACUCUUUCCCAGUAGGGAAAGAUGAAUUUUCGGUCAAUUAAUUGGAAACAUUGCAUAAAUUCUCACAUUGCUAUAUUGCUGCUGACUAUGUUGUUAUUAAUCAGACAUGAUAAAUGUUUUUUUCUGUAUUUACAUUAUUUCUAUAACUUGUCAAUGAAAUAUGUAUAAAUUUUGUUUUAGAAAUUAACUUCCCAUUCGAGCAACUUUGUUUUCAUGAAUCUUUCUGCUUCAGACUCAACAAGUGCCUCACUUUUAGAAAAUCAAAAAAUGUUAGAUUAUUAAAUUGUCUGGAAUUAAAUGUGACUAUGCUUUUUCCAAACAUGCUGUCUUACUCAAUCAAAACAAUUCAUUUUUAUUCUUGGCCAUUUUCCAUUAGCAAUAUUCC